UCGUCUUGUCCAGAAAAAGGAUAAACCCAAUUAAAAUAAGCUCUACGGGUAUUGAGUUGACGGUACCGGGCAACAAUUGUAAUUUAUUGAAUGUAUUGAAAAUAUUCGAAACAUAUGUGAAAAGCGAAACACCCUAUGCAUAUAAAAAUAAUUAAAUAGAAUUUUGCAUAUAUGAGAAUUUUCAAAUUCUUUAUAAUCUUCUGUGCACAAAAAAUUAUUGUUAGUGAUUAAUAAUAAAAUAAUAAAAAUCUACAUGAAAACAUAUCCUGGUUGUUGAUAUUCCCACUCCAAUAAAUAAGGAUAUGUGUUGGCCAUGGUUACUAUAAAAUUCGUUCAAAGGCGGCACAAAUCGACGCAAAAUGAAGCGUAGAAAAACUAGAAAUAAAACUAUCAAAGAAAUCACGUUACCUAGAGAAGAAAACAUGUCAUGGGAUUGCUAUAUAAAAGUUUCAAACUCUUGAAUAUAAUUCUGGAUUCCCUGGAAGAUCAAGAGGGUGGAGCUAUGUACAUAUCGUGCGAUGUCUCAAAUGGCGCUCCAGUGGAACCAGAAACGGGAUAUGUGCCCAACAAUCCAUUAUUUGGUCUGGCGUUGGAUAGUCCACAGCAAGAGUGUGCGGCAUCUUCCUGUGUCGGCUGUUUGUCUUGUCAAGGAAAUACCGUUUUACCCAUCUCUUCGCUGACAUCCAACGACUUCGAUUGCGGCUCCUGCUUCGAUCCAUCGACGAGUGUGGUAACCGGUGUCAGCAUUGUUGGAUCCGCACAAAACCAUUUGCAGCAACAACAGCAAAUAAAUCUCUCUGGCAACAUCAGUACAAACACCACCGUCAACCACAACAACAGCAGCAGCAGCGCGGCGAGUUAUUGGAGCACCGAUGAGAUGGCCUCGUCGUUCCCAGGUUUGCCGCCAUUAGACAUCGAUCCCUUGCCUAGCCUGUUUCCCUUUUCACCGUGCGGCGCCUCAUACAAUUUCUCCUCAAACCCGCACCAAGCUUCGCUCUCAUACACUGUGCACCCGCAUCAGAUGCUGGUCUCGCCCAGUGGCCAAGUUUCGCAUUCUUCUCAGAGCCAGAAUCAAUCCUCCACCCAUGGCAACUCGCUCAGUUCAGCCGCCACACAAGCGACGUGCUACUAUGAUCCAACCAGUAGUGGCAUGAUACCAGGGUCGACGUCCGUCGGCAACACGUGCGGUCAACAUAUGAGCUCAAGCGGAGCCCCACCACCUCCACCGCCUCCAAUGUACCCCAGCAUGAGUGUGAAUGUCAGCAUGAAUAUGACCAUGCAUGGUUAUGGCGCGGAGGGUACGGUGCCAAUGCAAUGCUCGCAGAUGCAGUGGACGCCACCAAAUACUAAUUCCUCCGUCAAUGUGCUCUACCCCCCUUUGUUAAGCCCCACACAUUACCCGCCCGCAGCAACCUAUUCAUUCACCGCAGAUUUUCGAACGCCAACGCUGCAACAGUCGAAUCAGAGUCCUGCACCUGGUGUUUUGCCUGCGCUAACCGACGCCGUCAUUGUCGAGGAGGACUCGCCAUCGCCAACAAGUGAUACAUCCCGUCACCUAUUCGCCGCUGGUACAGAGCUUCUGCCUGCCUUUGCAUCGCCAACGAAAAGCCCUUACGACGAUGAUGAAGACAGUAAUGAAGAGGGCUCCGAUUCGAAGCCGAAUCUGUGCAGGCUUUGUGGCAAAACUUACGCACGCCCAAGCACGCUCAAAACACAUCUGCGAACCCAUUCGGGUGAGCGGCCCUACAGAUGCCCGGAUUGCAACAAGAGCUUUUCGCAGGCCGCCAAUCUUACUGCACAUGUACGCACACAUACCGGACAGAAGCCAUUCCGCUGUCCUAUUUGUGAUAGACGUUUCUCACAAAGUUCCAGCGUCACCACGCACAUGCGCACCCAUUCGGGCGAACGACCUUACCGUUGUUCUUCGUGCAAGAAAUCCUUCUCGGACAGUUCCACACUUACCAAACAUUUGCGUAUACAUAGUGGCGAAAAGCCCUACCAAUGUAAAUUGUGCUUGCUCAGAUUUUCCCAAUCGGGCAACCUGAAUCGCCAUAUGCGAGUGCAUGGAACCAAUCAAAAUAAUGUUAGCGGCAACAGUAACGGUAGUAGCAAUUUGUUGACAUGACAAAAGGCGCGAAGUGGCGCCGCGUUUCAACAUUAUUACCCCCCUUACUCCCACGGUGCUCACAAUCUUCCACAUGCCCCACACGCACACACCCACGCCCAUGCCCACAGCCAUCCACACAUGCAUAUACCAAGCAGUAAUUACGAUUAUAGCAGCUAUGGCAUCAACGAUUACACUUCACCCGGAUCACAAAACUAUUCAGGGUAUUAUUUUUGUGCACUUAAUAAACCCAAAAUGGAGAGGUUCUAUUAGCUAGAACGGCAGCAGUAACAAAGGUUACAAUGAAGAGAUGGAAGAAGAUGAUAACAUAAAAAGCUAAGAUCUACGAAUUCAGGCGAAAGGAGAAAAGUGAAGAAAUGCAGGCUCUUCUAGUGCCAGUGUUCGUGUAUGUGAAAUUAAUGAAUAAUUAAGUAACAAAGCAAAGAAAUUAAGCGACAAAGUUUGGUUGAAAAUGCUCAAAUUUAAGAUUAAUGAUUGUAAGCGUAAUCGAAUAAUCAAAUCAAAGAUUAAAGACAUUAUGUAUGUAUGUAUUAUGUCACUAAUAAGCACCCAAGAUGUAAAUAACGAAUUUAUAACGAAUUUAAAUUUAAUGAAAUUUAUGAAAGUUUGAAAGUUUUCAAAGUUAUACAUAUACACACACAUAUGUAUAUAUUUAUAGAAUAAAAUUACAAAAACAAAAAAACAAAAAAACUAAAAAACACGCAUAAACAGUUAUCUUAAAUUUAGCUUCCAAGUUUUUAUUAUCCCUAAUGCAUUGAAGAAACGAAACAAUGAGAACUCAGCAAUGUUUCCUGCUAAAUAUUCCCCAUAAAUAAAAUUGGCAUAUAUUGGGCAACCCUCAAAUCAUUCCAUCUCUCAAUGCGUUUUGAUUUCUUUAAGUUACAUUUAAGUGAAUUGUCGACGAAAUUUUCAUUUCAAAGUUAAGGCUGGUGCUGUAGUAGAAUUUAAAUCAUCCUCACACACCAUUAACCGGUUCUGCAUAUGUACAUAUGUUUGUUUUGAAAAUUGUAAAAUUGUAAUUUUUCCAACUUCAAGUCGAGCUCAUCAUCGUCAGUAAUCCCGCCUUGUACUCUAGUCAAUGGGACGUUCUUUUGUUCUUAAUAAUUUUUUUUUUCAUUUUAUAAGUCCAAUUUGAUGUAAAAACUUUUAUACAUACAAAUACAUACUUAAUAUAAUUACUUACAUACUUAAUAUUAUUAACGUAUUUGUAUAAAAUUAAUUAGACAA